CUGGGUCUCCAGCUGCGUGCGUCCCUGAGCGCCUCUCCGACCAGGUGUUUGUCACCUGGUCCUGGUGGUGCUGAGCCUCUGGCCAGAUAGAGUCGUUGCCCCUGGGCCACCAGCUGGCUCCCCUCGAGUGUCUUCAGACCCUCGUGCAGAUCUGGAUAGCGCUGUCCUCUUGACCAGGUCCCUCCUGGCAGACACACGGCAACUAGCUGCACAGAUGAGAGACAAAUUCCCAGCUGAUGGAGACCACAAUCUGGACUCCCUACCUACCUUGGCCAUGAGCGCUGGGACACUGGGAUCUUUGCAGCUUCCUGGUGUGCUGACAAGGCUUCGAGUAGACUUAAUGUCCUACUUCCGACAUGUACAGUGGUUGCGCCGGGCAGCUGGUCCUUCCCUAAAGACUCUGGAGCCAGAGCUGGGUGCCCUGCAAGCCCGACUGGAACGGCUACUUCGUCGCUUACAGCUCUUGAUGUCUCGUCUAGCCUUGCCCCAGGCAGCCCCGGACCAACCUGCGGUCCCUCUGGGCCCUCCUGCCUCGGCCUGGGGAAGCAUCCGGGCAGCUCAUGCCAUCCUAGGAGGGCUGCACCUGACCUUGGACUGGGCCGUGCGGGGCCUGCUGUUGUUAAAGACUCGGCUGUAACUCAGGACUGAAAGCCACCAUCGACAUCGUCCUUUAAAGCCAGAUCUUAUUUAUUUAUUUAUUUUGGUACUUGGAGUGGGGGAGCAUGAUGAACAGGGGCAUGCCACACUCCAAACAGCCACACCCAGCUAGAUAAAGUCUUUCCAGGAGACCUGGGUGAGGGGGCUCACCUGUGGCUUAUUUAUACUUAUUUAUUUAAAGAAUUGGGGUGGGUGCAUCUGAGACCCUGAGGAGCAGGGAACUGAGAUCCUGGGUCCUAGGGUCUUUACGAAGUCUAUUCACAGUGUCUUCCUCACUUUUUUAUUAUUUAUUAAACAAUUACUUUUUAUAUUAGGAGGAUGGAGGGGGGGAAAGGAAGCCUGGGGUUUUUGUACCAAAAUGUGAUUUUUUUUGUGUGACACAGAGAAGUGGGAUAUUUAAAUACAUAACUAUUUAGAGGUUAUUAGCAGGAAUAUUCCAAAGGGAUCUGAGUGUAAACCGGUACCCUAGCACUUCAAAGGUCCUCAACAGAUACUUAGCAAACGGUCCGGAACACCUCAUGUCUAACAGCACCUGCAUGGUACAGAGAUAGCAAGGUUCAAGGUGUUUCAGCAAGAUUCACGCACCCUGGCAAAUGGGAAACAACUUAGGUUUUCUGGGGGGGGGGCUGGGGGAGGCGGGCAGGGGACAGAUGCAUCUAGUUAGGGAAGUUCCAGGCAAAGACUUCUUUAGACGUUGAACGUCCCUGUGCCCCGAGAGCAGCAGAGGAUAGAACCUCUCUUUCUAUACAUGGAUAUAGAUUUUUUUGUUUUUCAAAAUGGAAACACCAAAAUGUUGACAACAGCUGCCUCAGGGUUGAAAACAAGAGAUGGCACUGUGGGUGACUGUUACUGUUUGUGUUUGCAUUUUCCAGAGUUUUCACCAUGACAGUAUUUUGCAUGACACAUUUACAAACAAUAAUAAACACUAUUUUUAGAA